AUGAGUGCACUCACAAACUCUAUUUGUGCCUUGGUAUGUAUCUGCUCGCAGCUGUGUGCCCGCAUACUGGGCAGUGUGUGUAUGAGAAGAGGGUAUCACUUGUGGCUGGCAGCAGUGGUCAGUGUCACCCCAUUCCUUCAAGGACUUAGUAACCCACGCAGCAUUUUCUCCAACUCCAACAACUUCUUCAAUGUGAAGUUUGUGCACUGCUCAUGCGGAUGGACAUUUCUACUGCUGUCUGGAUUUGUCCUGCUUGUGUCUUUGGUCCCCACUGGUCGUCCACUGCUAUGUCUCAUGCAUCUCACAAGACUUGGCAUAACUACAACCCUGUGUCAAUGUAUUCCUUACCUCUUCCAACUCUUGGAGGAUCUUACUGGUUCCUGUCACCAACCAAUGCCACCUGGUACACUCUUUCUACCACGGCUGGAAACUAGGCGAACCUGCCAGGAGGAAGGGCAUCAAUGGCAGGGUUAUCACAUCUCUCCACAGACCUUCACCCUCACCUUAUGCAGCUUGUCUUUGGCAGAAGAGCUAUCGGUGUUUGUGCGCUACCUGCGAAGGGGAUACCCAGCUGGAACUGCUCUGCGUUUAGUCUUCUUACUGAAUGCCAGUCUUCUGGGCUUUACAACUUGCUUUUGAUGUGCACAGCGCUUUAUACACAUGAAUAUACACAGAGUGUGGUCGGUGCAGCCAUGGGAACCUUGUUUUGGCACAUCACAUAUCGUGGCUGGUACCGCACGUACUAUUCUCCUGGGCCUCCUGGGCAUGGAAUGUUUCCCAGAUUUGCAGGGAGUAGAAAUAAACUGGAAUAA